UUUGGCAGCUCUUGUGUUCCCUGAGCAGUUGGUGGCUCUCAAGGUUUCUGCUCUUUGUUAGAAGCUACUUUUAAAAAUUCUCUCUAGAAAUCAGUUUGGGGCCAGCACUCUUUGAGUGUAAGAUACUCAACUCUUAACGCUGCUCUGUGGUCAGGGUCACCAAGUUAGCUCUCUUGUUUCGAAUGGCAGAAGGAAAAGGAUAUCCUCGCCAACACACUGAAUUUCUGGUUAUCUUUUUUGGCUCCAAGGUUCUAAUCGGCUUAGUAACGAUAAUUGCGCCCUCCAGUAUCCGGCUCCUCUGUGACCUCAGAGUACCGCGAAGCCACUGGAAGCCGCGUUCCUUUUAGGUCUUCCCCUGGAAGCCAGGCGGUUUGAAAACGCUCCCUGCGCGCGGAGUACUCUGGGAGUUGUAGUCCAAUUGCAAAGUCCCCGGAAGUGGAGGUGUGAGAGGCCGGGCCGGCUUGGCUCUGGGUAGCGGGACUCUCGUCUGGGGCGCUACUCCCAGGCGGGUCAUGAACGGACCAGCGGACGGCGAAGUGGACUACAAAAAGAAAUACCGGAAUCUGAAGCGGAAGCUCAAGUUUCUCAUUUACGAACACGAGUGCUUCCAGGAGGAGCUCCGAAAGGCGCAAAGGAAAUUGCUCAAGGUUUCCCGGGACAAGAGCUUCCUUCUAGAUCGACUCCUGCAUUAUGAGAACGUGGAUGAAGAGUCCUCGGACUCAGAUGCCACUGCCUCCUCAGAUAACAGUGAGACAGAGGGGACACCCAAGUUGUCUGACACACCAGCCCCAAAGAGGAAGAGAAGCCCUCCGAUGGGGAGUGCGCCCUCCCCUUCCAGUCUCUCCUUGCCUUCCUCAACAGGGUUUCCCCUGCAGACCUCUGGGGCCCCCUCCCCGUACCUGAGCUCGCUGGCUUCUCCCCCUUAUCCCCCAUUCCCUUCUGACUACCUGGCCCUGCAGCUGCCUGAGCCCAGCCCCCUGAGGCCCAAGCUGGAGAAACGGCCCCGCCUACCCAGGAAACUCAAGAUGGCGGUCGGACCCCCUGACUGCCCUGUGGGUGGACCGCUGGCUUUCCCUGCCAGAGGUUCUGGGGCCAGUGUUGGGGCAGCCCUGACCCCCCUGCCUCCUCCCAAGAUGCCCCCACACACGAUCCUGAGCACCGUCCCCCAGCAGAUGUUCAGCGAUGCCGGCAGCGGGGAUGAUGCCCUGGACGGAGAUGACGACCUGGUAAUUGACAUCCCAGAGUAGCCACCCAGUGCUGCCGGCCCGGGCCCGCGCGGUGCUCCUCCCAUACCAGCACACGCACGCCCACUUCCUCAAGAGGUGUUUAUUGAUGCCCAGUUGCCAUGCUUCGGCCACUGACACAAUCAGAAAAGGCGUAAACAUGCACAAAUGUCCCCGAGGAAGGUGGCAGGCGCCCUACCCUCACAUCCCAGCCGCAUCCAGGGGACAGUUAUUUAAAUGAGUGGCCAAGAGGAUCUGCCACAUCUUAGGGAGGCAGACCGUGUGGUAGCCACCCCUUCUGAAGAGCAGCUGAGCAGGGCUGGGACUUUUGCAUGAAGGCUCUGUAAUA